UGAUCGGCGUUUAACUCGACACGCAAUUGAGAUUACCGUUAAUGCGGGCGCGACGCGAGCGGCGGCGCGUCCUCGCGUAAAUAAAACAGCGUGCACGCGCGUGGGAUGCGCAAACGCACUUCACGAUGUUCCGCGUCGCCUUGUUGGUGAGCGCGCUGGCGGCGCUGGGCGGCGCGCGCGUGUUCGAGCGGUGUGCGCUGGCGCGGGAACUGCGGCGGCUGGGCGUGCGGCGCGAGGACAUUGCCACGUGGGUGUGCAUUGCUUACCACGAGUCGCGCUUCGACACGGCGGCGCACAACCGCGGCAGCGGCGACCACGGCAUACUGCAGAUCAGCGAGCUGUACUGGUGCGGGCCCGGCAAGGCGUGCGGCGCGCCGUGCUCCGCCUUCCGCGACGACGACAUCGCCGACGACGUGCGCUGCGCGCUGCAGGUGCACAAAGAACACACGCGGCUGCAGGGCGACGGCUUCCUCGCCUGGGUGGUGUAUCCGCACAACUGCAAGCAAAACGCGAAGAAAUACGUCGUCGACUGUGACAUAAACGUCAAAGACCUUCCAAUAAAGUUUGAAGACAGAGCCCGAUAUCUGAAAGCUGACACUAAGAACGAGUCGAAAACGCCACCGAUAAAUAUUCCUCACCGGAACCUGUCAACCCCAAGUUACUUGGGAAUAAAUUCCAUCUUUCAAGGGAGCUAUGUGAAUGAAUUCGAACGAAAUUACUACGAUAAUAACAAACGAUCAAACUGGCUUAACUUCAAAGUGGACAAUAUCGACGAGCUCGAGCUUCCGGGCGCGACGAGACGAGCUAAUCAGCGCGCACGUUUGUUAGAGUUCUCGACUCGACCUACGACUACGACAACAUUGGAUCCAGAUCUCGUAGGAAUAAAACCUCCCUCGCCGAGAAAAAUAGAAUCCAAUCAGUUCCGCCGCCGGAAAACAUUCGCAGAACCACUAUUUCUCAGAAAUAAAAUAAGCGAUUACCAAAAAACUAGCAAAACAACCACUGCCCCUGCUACAAGUACUACUGCACCAACUGAUUCAUCGUUAUAUGAAGAUUUGUCGCAUAAUAUAUUUUUAAAUUUAUCGCCCGCGUUCCCAAAGGAUGUGAGUGAAUUUUCUCCGAAAAAAAUAAUAUCGUCUGAUUUGAGUAAGUACCAUAUUCAAACGCCACAAUUUGAGGAAAUCUCUACCAGUGAAAAACUAACUUAUGAUGAUUUAGCUCAGAAUCCUUUUUUAAAUUCACUACUUGGCUUUAGUUUCAAGUCUAGAACAGAAUCACCUUCCCAGCAAACAGAAUACAACCGAAAUACCUUUAGAGAGUUUACUCUGACUACAUCAAAACCAGAGAGUACUCUGAGAUCUUUUAAGCAAAUUGGAAUGUUUGGUAGCCCGGACGUGAAUUCUAAUUUGCCAAAGGAAUCGUCUUCUCAGAAUAAUGACGACAUUGACACUAAAGUGUCAAUUGAAGAUUUAUCGCAAAACCCUUUUCUUAGUCAUAUUCUACGUAGCGAUAAAAUAAAACCAUCGACUCGUUCACCGACCAAAGGGUCGGUAGAUAAUAGUGAAAAUUAUGAAAUUAAUUUUAGAUUUACUACCCCAAAACCGACUUCGGCUUCACUGAUCUCAUCUGCACAACAAUUGGACACGUUCACGACAACAAGACCGUCAUCGCAAAGAGGUCGUGCUCGUUAUUUAUUAGAUUUUGAUAAAACCACUGAACGUUCGACUGUAACAUAUAGCACUCGGAAGUACCAAACUAUAUCAAGACAAAGACUUUAUGAAAAUUCUGUAAAAAGUACAACUGCCAUUACACCGAGCACAAAAAAGCCUGAAGUUUCAACAACAUCUUAUAUAAACAAUACAAAUGAAAUUGCUAUAAUAACGACCACUUCUAAAACCACAACAAUUCCAAGCGAAAUGUAUAAUGCAAAAGAAACUAAUAAAUUACCAGCUAGAUUUGUAAAAACCCCUAUACCACAGAAUGCAAGUAUGAGUACAACAGAGGUUUCAAGAACACCAGAUAUCGGUAAUACAACAAAGAUUAGUACAUUACAGAGCAGUGAUAAAGUGACUACAAAUAAACCUCAAACUACGAGCAAACCUCGGACUACAAGUACAUCGUCCACAAUGUUACAAUCGCGAACAUCUAAUCGAUUUUGGGAAGGACAUCGUAACUUUACUGUUACACCGAAACCUAAUCUCACAGUGAGGCCUACAAAUUCAACUUUGACUUCAACUAUAUACACAACUACACAAAAACCUGCACUGACGACGUCCACUGAGGCAUCAACCACGAAAACAGCCUUAUCUACGAGUAUAUUCGACCUCUACUUAAGACCGUCUACUAAACCCCCGUUUAAGCCCUUCGAAUUCACUUCCUCAAAUAGAAGAGCUUACAAACUCAGUAUAUUCUCCGGCGGCACUACUAAGCCUCCCCCUUCCUAUUUCACAACCAAAAAACCAAUUAUAGAACUCCCAAAAAAUUAUACGCAAAAAUAAUAAGUAGGAUAUGUUUGAAAUGUAAAUCUAAAUGUUAAAUUUGUUGUAACAUAAUAAUUUAUAUUAAGCGUCAAACCAAAAAGCAUUUAUUAUUUUAGACUUAAUUAUAUAUUAUACUCGUAGAUUAUUAAGCAUUUGAAUGUUAAUUUUAAUUUGUUAUUAUACGUUUCGACUGGUCGA